UCGUGGUGGCGCCCCCUACAAGGAUCUCGUCGCGGCUAUAGGAUCGAGACUCCGAAACCGAGGCACCGCGGGAGACCGCUAAAGUGCUACGGGAAGAAAACAAACGUGGCGAUUGUAGAUGGCGCCGUUGGGCGAGAUUUCGCAGGACCGUCGCAGAAUUUGGUCGCGGCAGAGCAGCGCCCUCUGGAGGAGUCUUGCGUCAGCGAGGCGACCGCGACGGUCGAGCCGACACAAUCCCAUACAUCCCGUAUCCUUGACACAAAACCAUGGAACCACAGCAUGGAACCGUGUAUCCGUGACACAGAACCAUGCGACCACAGCAUUGAACCAUGCAACCAUGAUACAGAACCAUGCAACCGUGAUACAGAACCAUGCAACCGCGACACGGAACCACGCGACCGUGACACGGAACCACGCGACCGUGACACGGAUCCAUGCGACCGCGACACGGAACCACGCGACCGCGACACGGAACCACGCGACCGCGACACGGAACCACGCGACCGUGACACGGAACCACACGACCGCGACACGGAACCAUGCGACCGCGACACGGAACCACGCGACCGGGACACGGAACCAUGCGACCGCGACACGGAACCAUGCAACCACGGCACGGAACCGUGGAACAACGAUGUAGAACCAUGCAAUCGUGACAUGGAACCAUGCGACCGUGACAUGGAAUUGUGCAACCGUGACACAGAAACCGCGACACGGAACCAUGCGACCGCGACACGGAACCAUGCGACCACGACACGGAACCACGCGACCGCGACACGGAACCAUGCGACCGCGACACGGAACCAUGCGACCGCGACACGGAACCAUGCGACCGCAACACGGAACCACGCGACCGCGACACGGAACCACGCGACCGCGACACGGAACCACGCGACCGCGACACGGAACCAUGCAACCGCGGCACAGAACCGUGGAACAACGAUGCAGAACCAUGCAAUCGUGACAUGGAACCAUGCAACCGCGACACG